AUGAUCAAACUUGAGAACUUGUGCGAUCCGCAGCCUGCCGUUGUCUGGGCUUCCUCCUCCUCCGUCUACGGCCUCAACGACAAGGUUCCCUUCUCCGAGUCUCACCGAACCGAUCGACCGGCCUCCCUCUACGCCGCCACGAAGAAGGCUGGCGAGGAGAUCACCCACGUUUACAACCACAUCUACGGCCUCUCCGUUACCGGUCUCCGCUUCUUCACCGUAUACGGACCUUGGGGGCGGCCGGACAUGGCCUACUACUCUUUCACCCGCAACAUCCUCCAGGGCAAACCCAUCACUGUCUACCGACGCCGCGAUGGCGCCGACCUCGCGCGCGACUUCACCUACAUCGACGACAUCGUCCGAGGGUGCGUGGCGGCCCUGGACACGGCCGAGGCGAGCACGGGGAGCGGCGGAAAGAAGCGGCGGCCAGCGCAGUACCGGAUCUACAACCUAGGCAACACGUCUCCGGUGACGGUGCCGGCGUUGGUAAGGAUCCUAGAGCGGCAUCUGAAGACGAAGGCGAAGAAGCACGUGGUGGAGAUGCCAGGGAACGGCGAUGUGCCGUUCACCCACGCCAACAUCAGCUCGGCUCGAGCCGAGCUCGGCUACAAGCCGACCACCAACCUGGACACCGGUCUCAAAAAGUUCGUCAAAUGGUACCUUUCUUACUACGGUUACCGCCGCGACGACCACAAGAGCUUGUAGGGUUAAAAUUAUUAUUAUUAUUUAGCAUUAUUUCCGCUAAUUUGUAGGUUUUUAUCGACUAAUUUGUCACAUACAAUUUCAUGA